AUAAAACUAUGUCAAAAUUUUCAUAACAAAUGAUUAAUAUUAAAAAUAUGCUAGUGAUUUAAAUAAAUGGAUGGCAUAUUGGCUCUCGGACACUUUUGUGAAACCCACGGGCCUUGCGUGAUUCUUUGCACUCAAAGAUGUAAGGAGGAACCGCAGCAAUUUCCUCACAGUCUUACUGUUCCUGUGUGCGAGGCUUGCCAGUCUUUAGAUUUAGAGCAAGCGAUAGUAUGCAAGGAAGAAAAUGUUUGUUACGUUACAACAAGAACACCUCUACAACAAGAUUUAGCGUUUCUGUUAAAGCAAGCUGUUGUAAGAAGUCUCAGCUGUGAGGAAACGAGUAAAGAAGGUGGUAUCUUAUACUUUGGUGAUCACGAAAGAGGCCAUGUUAUAAGUCAUAUUUUCACUGUUCAAGAUUCUUUAGCAAGAGGCUUUCAAAGGAAGUAUUGCAUAUUGAUGUUAAUGAGAGAUAGAAUUCAUCUUUUAAAUUGUUGGCCUUUCCUCACUAAACAUAUUAAAGAAAUUGCAUUAGAUCUACAACAAAAAUCAGUUAAAGUGAAUACUUUAGAGCAAAUGCAUAAAUCCCAAAGAGCAGUGAGACAGGCACAAGGGUCGCCAACUUGCACUGGUCGAUCUUUAAGUGAGUUGACAGGAGAAGCUGCUGUAUUUGCACACCUUCAUUUAUGGUUUACCUGGCUGCUAAAUGUUGAGACCGUCGUGGAGAAGCCUUUUAAAGCUCCUGAUCUACCUGUCGAUUGCCAGAAUUUGAAUUUAAGGACUGUUUAUAAAAAUAUGUCCCAAGAUAUCUUUCAAAAGAUCUGUUAUUGCUAUUUAAUAGGAAUUAGGGUGGAAUCAGAUGAUACCGAAAUAGAGAGGACUUUCAUGAAAAUUUUACCCAAAAAAUUUAUUCUCCCCAAAACUGGCGAUUUGUGUAAAAUAACCAAGGUUGGUGAAAUUUAUAAAGUUGCAUGGAAUGGCACACUACCUCAAAAGUUGCCAUCUUUACUUAUUUCUAUUGAAAGUGCUUUAAAAGAUGAAAACUUGCCAGUUGCAGCACUCGAACCUCACAUAAUGAGUUUAGUUAUGCACUGGUAUAACAUUGGUUGUGCUUUAUGUUGGUGUCCAGAUAAUAACACUAACACUGACUUAUUAAAAAGUUUUGGGGUCCAAAAGCAAGAUAUGCCUUUGUUGUCCUAUUGGAUACCUCAAUGUAAAAAUUAAAUUAUAUUAUAUUUAAUAUAUUUUAUUGUUAUAUAUUAUAUUUUGUUAAAUAUACUACAUCAUACAUUA